CCUACCCCUAUUAUGCGAAUCGUUCCAAAUUUCUCAAAGCAAAAAUGAAUCCGACGGCUAUAAAUCCAUGAAAAACUCCGCCAUUAUUGUGUUUUCCCUGUAAAGUAUCAAUCUUUUUUUAUUUUGAACUGAAAAAAAGCAUCAUUCCAGUAUCUUAAACAGCACCUUCCCUUCUUCUCUUACUUUAAUUGAAACUUUCUUAGUUUUAUUUUCUGAAGAAGAAGAAAAAAGGGUGCUUAAUGGUGUUAAAAUCUUGAAUUGUUAUGUAAAGUUCUGUUUUUUCUGAAAAAGGGUGUAUAAAUCUUGAAUUUUUCUUUGAAUUUGUUGAACUGGUACCCUUUUUUCAUCCUUACUUGUACUGUCUAGCUUCAUUUUCUGAAGAAGGAAAAGGGUCUUGAAUGGUGUUCAAAAUUUCAUCUUUCUCCCCAUUUCCUUUAAACUUGUGUUGUCUAGCUCUAUAAUCUCCAUUUUUCUGGAAAAGGGUGUCCAAAAUUUGAUCUUUCUCUUCAUUUCUUUCAUAUCUGUGUUGUCUCCAUUUUUCUGAAAUAGGGUGAUGAAAUCUUGAACUUUUCUAAAAAAUUGUCUUGCUAGUACUCUAUUUUCUUCCUACUUGUGUUGUCUACCUCUGUAAGUCCAAACCUUUGAUUUUUCUUAAAAUUUGUUGCUAAAACUUGUUACUGUUUUCACUUUACUCAACUUCUUUUGAUGUUUUCCCGGAUAUAGAAAGUUAACAACCCCAUUUAUUCUCUAAAUAUCUACCAUUCAUCUUCUUGAAAAAGGGUGUCCAAAUCUUGGAUUUUCUUAAGCCUUUUUGGUGUUCUUGUGAUCUUUGCCAGAAAACCCAAUUUCAGGUAACUUAUUGUUAGGAUUGGUGAAAAAAAGAGGUUAGAAUAUGGUGAGUAAUGUGACUACCCCUAGGAAAUCUAUACACAGAGUGUUGGAGAGAGUUGGGGUUUAUGGGUUUGUUGGUGGUAGCAGCCAGAAGAGAUUAAAGUGUGAUUUUCAAGAUGAAGAAUAUGACACCAUGGAAAUGGUGCAAAUUGGUGCUGAAAGGACUAAAAAUGUGCUUAUUUUGAUGAGUGAUACUGGUGGUGGACAUAGGGCUUCAGCUGAGGCAAUUCGAGAUGCCUUCAAGUUAGAAUUUGGGGAUGAAUAUAGAAUUUUUGUCAAGGAUGUUUGGAAGGAAUACACUGGCUGGCCAUUGAACAACAUGGAGCAACAAUACAAGUUCAUGGUUAAACAUGUUGGCCUUUGGAGCGUAGCAUUUCAUGGCACGUCGCCUCGUUGGAUACACUCUGUCUAUCUUGCUGCUAUUGCCGCCUUCUAUGCUAAAGAGGUAGAAGCUGGCCUGAUGGAGUACAAGCCAGACAUAAUCAUUAGUGUUCAUCCUCUCAUGCAACACAUUCCUCUAUGGGUUCUUAAAUGGCAAGGCCUACACAAAAAAGUUAUUUUCGUAACCGUCAUUACGGAUCUCAACACUUGCCACCGGACAUGGUUUCAUCCAGGAGUCAAUCGUUUGUACUGCCCCUCUGAGGAGGUAGCAAAGAGGGCAUCACUAGAUCGCUUGGAAGGAUCUCAAAUACGUGUUUUUGGGUUGCCCAUUCGACCUUCAUUUUGCCGGGCAGUUCUUUCCAAGGAUGACCUUAGAGUUGAACUUGAGAUGGAUCCCACAUUACCAGCGGUUUUGCUGAUGGGUGGCGGUGAAGGGAUGGGUCCUGUGAAGAAAACUGCAAAGGCUCUUGGAGAAGCACUCUUCGAUAAGGAACUUGGCAAACCUAUCGGUCAAAUGAUUGUCAUAUGUGGACGCAAUGAAGCCUUAGCAUCCACAUUACAAUCACUCGAAUGGAACAUCCCCGUUCAGAUCAAGGGAUUCCAGAAGCAGAUGGAAAAGUGGAUGGGCGCUUGUGAUUGCAUUAUCACAAAGGCUGGACCUGGUACAAUUGCAGAAGCAUUAAUCAGAGGGCUUCCCAUUAUUCUGAACGACUACAUCCCCGGACAAGAGAAGGGAAAUGUUCCGUUUGUGGUCGACAAUGGAGCUGGUGUUUUCACAAGACGCCCUAAGGAAACAGCCAGGAUAGUUGCUGAAUGGUUUACCACCAAGAGCGAUGAGCUUAAAAGGAAGUCGGAGAACGCGCUGAAACUUGCACAACCUAAUGCUGUCUUUGAUAUUGUGAAGGACAUACAUGAACUUGCAUGCCAGAGAGGUCCUAUGGCCAACAUUCCUUACAUAUUGACAUCUUCAUUUUCAAGCCUAAUUUAGCAUAAUAGAUUGAAGUUGGUUUGUUGCUAGUUGCAUAUUAUGUAGACAAGAAUAGGUUCAAUUGAUUAGUCUCAUUCUUUGGCCACAGAGGCUUUGGUGCUAUUCUUUUAGCUAGUCAAGUUGUGAUCCUUUGUUUUAUAAAAAUAUAUGAAAAAAGUGAAAGUUCAUUCUCCUUGGA